CCUGAGCCCCUGUUCUGCCAGGAAAAAACUUCCAUCUGAAAAAUAUCCCCUACCUUCAGAAACGAAUUGUGCUAGACGAUAGAUACAGCUUGUUGGGAAUGACGACGCGUCGAGAACAUAUAUCCUUUAAGACGGGAAAAGCGGUCAAUGAAUUGGAUAUGGUGGGCGUCAUGGAAGAGAUGGUCGAGUACGAGCAUCGCUUAGCACAUAUUGUAUGGAUUCUAUGAUAACCAGUAUAUGAACAGGAUGGCCCUUCCGAGUCGCGAGAAAGAAUGAAGUGGAGCAUGCGUGGGAUCCACGAGAAGCGUGGAGACCUAUGUCCCUGAGAGCACCGUAUCUUCUCACGGUGGCAAGCCUCUUGCUGGCGAUGGCAAUCGCGCUCCAAGUUCUUCGGCAGUACUCGGACCGCGUUGGAUUCCUUGUACGCUAUAAGCGUACCGAUGACCUCCCCACGACGGUGUCGGUUGUCUACACCAACGUCCCAACUGUCAUAGCGCUUGUGGCCGUGAACCUGUGGGAGGUCUGUGCCUGUGAUGUGAGGCGACUGGAGCCGUAUUUCCAGUUAGCAAAGCCGCAAGGUGCCUCCGCGACAGUUUUGUUCACUAAUUACUGCUUCUGCUAUGGUAUCUUCGCACCCAUCACUGCGGCCCGCAAUCGUCACUGGAUUGUGUUCUGCGUGACUCUAGUGUCCUUGGUUGUGCGCAUGUUUCUACCUUCCCUGCUGUCCGGUCUCGUGGUGAUGAGCGAACUGAACACUGUCGAUCCUAAAACCGUAGAGACGUGGCCAGACCUGGUCAACUUGCAAACUCAAGAGGCGUGGAUGACUGCGGAGGCGUCUUAUCCAAGGGAGCUCAAUCCAGGGAAUGAUCAUGUACUAUCACGGUCAUCCGAAUAUGCAGUCCCACCGGUUUCAAUGCCUUUAGAGGAUCAGAACGAUUCGUCCGUAUUGAGCCUCAACCAGACGGUAUAUUGGGCAAACCUGACCUGCAUAGACACACCUCUCCAUGGAAUCAUGCCAACAAGUCACCUUUUCACACAUAUCACGGAUAGCCGACAGGCGGUUUCAUUGAGUCUACAGAAUAUCUCUAUUGCGAACCCUAGUGACCAAAGUCCAGGUUGCUCUGUAAAUAUGACACUUAAUAGCGUCGUGCCGACCGAGGCUGAUCGUUUUCAACUUCGUUACUGGGAGCCAAGUCCGCCUAGCGUGGACUCCAAUAUCACGUCCGCCUUUUAUAGCAGCGACUGUGACUCAUUCACUAUGUAUGGCGUGGUGGCUGAGGGGAGCAUCAUGUCAAAUAGUUCCAUAGGGAUGCUAAACGCGACCGUGUUUGCUUGCAGGGCCUCUUAUCAAUACGCAGAAGCAGAGGUGUUGAUCGCCUCAAAUACAUCAAUCAUCGCGACACGCAUCCACCCUGGCGCCAUUCAUAGCCUGAGCCGGGACCAGUUUAGUAUCAGCAAGUUUGAGGAUCUUAUGCACACCAAGUACCACAGCAAAACUACUAACACGACACACCCGGUGGAAGUACGUGUUGCAUCCAGCUUCAUCGACAUAGAAAAUUAUCAGCGCGAAGUGCGAGAUCUAUGGAACCGUAGCUUCCUUAGAAUCAUGAACAAGAUCUUCAAUCCUAACACAAGUCCCACUCUUCUUCACGCCCAACAAGCGAGUAUCUCAGUCGUCCUUAAGGUGAUAUCCACCUCCUCAAUACAUGCGGAGACCAUGCUCUGGAUGGCUUCCUGCUUGCUUUUCUCCCUAUCCCUCGUCUACCCGCGCCGUCCCAAUUUUCUUCGGAGCGACCCCAGCUCAAUCGCUACCCAAUGCGCAAUCGUUGCGGAUCUAUUCAGCCCAACAGUUGUACUCGCACGGCUGGAUACGGACUUCCAUCGAUGUACUACUCGACAGCUUCGCCAGUGGGCGAAGGGAUUGUGGUGUCAGUGGCAGGGAGAACCAAAGGAUCGGCGGCUCGGGAUCGUGUCAACUGAUGGGCGUCCUGUCCCUCUUUUCACCCAGGAGGCUCGCAGAAAACAGGAUUUAAUGCCGCAUUUCCUCACGCUCCCAUGGUUCAUUCUUGAGUGCUCUCUAUUCGUAGCUAUCCUUGUUUUGUUUGGGAUAAUUCUUCGAUAUCUUUGCGUACAAGACCUUAAUGCUGGGAGCAAAGUCCAGGCGUCGCUGCUCAUCUUGAUGCUAUUCGUCCCUAACAUAGUAGCCUCUGCGGUCAGCGUGUUCCUUGCCUCAGUGCUUCGACACCUUAGCGCUCUGGAGCCGUGGGUUCAGCUGCAAAAUGGACCAGUGACUGCAACGCAAUCGCUGUUGACGACCUACGGCUCUCAGACUCCAUUUGCAGUGUUUUGGAAGUGUAUUCGUCGCGGCCCUCCUCUCCUAGCGGUCCUCUCUCUGGUAUGUAUCUUGGGCCUGCUUCUGAGUAUUAUCAGUGGUGGCCUGUUUGAACCCCAGGUUAAACAGCACUCUGGGAUUGCUUCAAGUUUAUUUACAGCAUAUGACUUGUCUACAUUUGCAAGACCGUUAUCUGUCCCUGUAUUGGAUAGCUACAGUCUUCUCUCCAAGGGUCUUGCCACGGAUACCCUUCUAGUACCUUGGACCGUCACAAACUACUCGUUUGUGCCAAUCUUCGUUGACGAGCCGGAAAGCGAACGUACGUCCUUCACAGCUUCGACACGCGGUAUCGGGGCAGACCUCACAUGCGACUACCUUCCUGCCAACCACUCAUGGAUUGACAGACAGUCCGGAAACACUUACUGGCACUAUGAACCAUUUGGUAAUCGCACAGAGUCCAACUGCACGGUUGAGGUUCCAGGGACGACCUAUAACUAUGUUGAGAAAUCUAUCCAUUUUGCCACAUCUACCAACUGCGAAACACCUACAGUCCUAGUCCUUGCUCGUUGGAAGUAUGUGACUGGGGCACCGGCCAGCAUUGACAACACGCUCGCGUUGCACUGUGAGCCCACAAUUCGCAUGCAAGACUUCGUGGUCCAGUUUGACCAUUUCGGUCAAGUCGAAUCCUAUCAACCCAUACCGGGCAGCUCCAUUACUGGUGGUGACUUGUUUCAGAAUGCCUCUGAUGUCCUUCGACAGUACAACAGGGCGUUCGCGCAGGCAGCUCAGACAACGUUCCCUCACCCAGACUCUUUUCUUGGUCAGUAUGACUGGCCUGGGUUUUUCACAGCGCAGGCCUACGAGAGUCUGAAUCCCAAGUCGUCCUGGCUAGACCCCGCAGAUCUGGUUAUUGCUGUUCAGAGUACCUACCGAGCGGUCUUCAGCACCUACUUCACCCUCUGGAGAGACUUGUACCUUGAGCGUCUACCGCAAUCCCACUCUCUGGCCGUUGAUGGGACAGUCACUCGAGGGAUUUGGGGCCUGCUGCCGUCAACCCCGUCGAUUGUUAUCGUUAUCAUCCUUCUAUCGCUUGAUAUCCUAAUGAUUGUCGGCAUAUUUGUCGCCCGUAGAGGGCGGUUUAAUGGACCACGCAUCCCCAAAUCGAUUGGGUCGCUUAUCCCGUGGAUCGCACACAGCCAGAUGAUGGGCGAUUUCGAGGGAACCCAGCAAUGGAAUGAGGUAAAGCUUCGGCAGCGUUUGGAGGGAAUAGGCCACAAAUAUAGAGUGGGAACUGCUCGGUGCGCAGAUGGCAUAAGCAGGAUAGCGGUUGAUUACCAGGAUGAUGGUCAACAUUUCGAGAUGCAUGGGAAUCGCACGACGGGUCUACCCUCGUCUUCCAUGGUAGCAGCAGAAUCUGCUUUACAAGACGAACCACGAGUUGUCCAAUGAUCUUCCAGCCAAUACUCGCGCACAAUCCGAGCUCACCGAGUAACCUCCAUCGGUUAGUUGAGGUAACUUAGUCUUCACGGUGGUUUAUUCGACCUUGCAACAGAAUCCUGUUGUUGUUCUGGGAGUCUUGAACCUCUGCGAUUGAACCAU